CGGUCGGCGGUUCAUUAGACCAAACCAGACACGAACACGGACAGAAUAGGCCUUUUUCUCGUACGACGCGGACGCAAAGUUGAGUUGUUGUAACAGACAGACCACAAACCGAGUGCCGAGAAGAGAGAUUAUUGUGUGGUGACCAUCACAUCAAGAAGCAAGGAAAAAUAUGAGGGAGAAAAAACAACAGUAAUAUCACUUUAUUUUUUUCGGUGAAAUUAUAUUAUCAAAAUCUAUAUUUACUGUGGGUUCAAUCGUGCGGUUUUUUUUCUGUUCUCGCUGGGUGCAACAAAAGGGAAACGCGGAGGGAGUUCCUGCAGUCGGGAGUGUGUUUUUGAGGUUGUUUUUCCGGACUUGUUACGGAUUGUGCGACGCGCGUUUUGGAUCUUUUCAUUUCGGUUUCAUUUUUUUUCGGUGCUUGCUUGGAAUUCACUUGUGCGGGGCGCGGGCAAAACAGGAAGCAUAUGUGUGAAUCUUGUGAGGCGAUCGUGAGUCGAGAUUGAGGUCCCUCACCCGCUCACCCUAUGGAAAGGCAACAGCACCGUCUUGUUCUUUGAUUGAAAGUGUAUGAAACUGUGCAGACUUGAGAGACUCCCUCAAGUUUUUUCUGGUCCUCACCACAGAAAGGAUUACCCACUAUUUCCGAGACAUUUCGAAGGAUCUUCGGCCCCAUUGAGGCCGAAAGGAUAUUAAUUGCGUCGUAUCCGAGAAAUUGUGAGCCGCCACCGCCGUCGCGAGAUUGGCAAGUGCUGCCAAGAGCGCCACCAUUAGGCGAAUCGUCGAAUUGUUGUUGCUGUUGGCCGGAGAAGCAAAGUAAAGCUGAGCAAAAAGAGAGCGCAGCAAAACUAUACACUCCGGCUCGGCUCGGCUCUACAACCGUCUGUGUGUCUCUGUCGUCUGUUUUUGGUUCCGAGGGUGCCGUCGAGCCCCGAGGGGAAGAAAGGGGACAGAGCAGAUCCGGUACGACGCGCGCGCGGUGAAGUGCGGAACGUCCAAAUAUUUUGGUGUGUAUUGUGGAUAUACAGAACGAGAAACGCGCGUAGUGCAAUCGUCUCCUCCAAAGAAGGAGUAGGCCGUGUAUAUUAUUAUUCAGUUCCUCGCGGCGGUUAGACGACAUCUCGGCCCAAUGUGAUAUAAUACAGCCUACUUGUGGGGAAUCAGUGAAAGUUCUAAGCGAAGAAAAGUGCCAGUGAUAUUAUAAUCCCAGAUAAAUGGAGCAAGUAGCUACCGCAAAAUGUAGCAAAUUGUUGGUGUAUAGUUCCUUCGGAGAUUGAAAGGCAGUGGCCAGAGCGACCGCCGCGCGUAUGUAUGGGUGUUUGAACGUGCUGCAUUCCGGAGAAUGCGAAGCGACCGAAAAAAUGAGGAAGAAAGUGGCGAUCAGCAACAUAAGUGGCAACAAUAGCCAAAGUAGUGAAGAGUUCCUUGGGAGAAGGGGAAGUGCUGCUAGCAGCUGCCGUCGAAGAGGCAGAAGCGAAGAAGUUUCAUCAACGUCGUCGUCGACGACGAGACAGUGGUGCAAUAAUAACAGCGCCUACUACGACGGCGGAAGUGCAAAUGAAGAAUUAGUGCAACCGGGAAAAAUGGGGAUGGUGUCCGCGGGGGAAGACGCGUUCCCUACUUCGGCCGGGUUGAACAACCUGCUGGAGCAGUUGGCGACCAAGCACAAGCAAAAGUACAGGACAGAGCGGCGCCGCCUCUGUCCGAGUGGAGUUGAAUCAAGUGAGGUGACGAAAGAAGCCGCCAAGUGGCGGAAGUGUAACGAAGAGGAAGUCAUGUGGGGUCGGUUACGGGGGUCGGAUGCUAACAGAAGGAUUGGCAAGCUGGCAACAGGCGUGGCAGCAGCAGCAGCGGCAGGAUCGGUAGUGUUGAGGCCCGUCAAGUUGGCCUGGCUGGUCAUGGUUAGUUUGCUGUUGUUUAGCAUUCUGGUCGUGCCGGUGGCCGUCGUGCAGGGGGAUGAGAUGAAAGCCGGUCAGGUGGGACCAGUUCGGAAAGGAGGUGUCUGCGGCAGCGUAGACGUCCGGAACUCUCCGGCCCACCUGGAUCGGCUCAAGGACUGCGUCGUCGUCGAGGGCUUCGUGCACAUUCUCCUCAUCGACAAGUACAUCGACUCCAGCUUCGAAAACUAUUCCUUCCCCCUGCUGACGGAGAUCACCGAGUACCUGCUGCUGUUCCGCGUCAACGGCCUCAAAUCGUUGCGGCGGUUGUUCCCGAACCUGGCCGUGAUCCGGGGAGAUGCCUUGGUCGGGGAUUACGCCAUGGUGAUCUACGAACUGAUGCACAUUGAGGAAAUCGGCCUAAUUUCGCUGAUGGACAUCACCCGCGGUGGCGUUCGAAUCGAGAAGAACCCGAAACUGUGCUUCGCCAACACCAUCGACUGGAAGGCAAUGACCGUGCCCGGAACGAACAACUACAUAAAGGACAAUCAAAAGGACAACGUUUGCCCAAUCUGCCCGGCGGAAUCGACGGCGGUCAUGUUACCAAAUGGAUCCAAACAAAAAUGUCCCGCCGCCCCGGUCCGGGGAGGCAACAAGGAUCACAAACGAACCCUCUGCUGGAACGCAAAUCACUGCCAAACCAUUUGCCCACCGGAAUGCCCGAAAGCCUGUUCGAAGACUGGGGUCUGUUGCGAUGCCGAAUCCUGUCUCGGCGGAUGUAACCUGCCCAACACCUCGUCCUGCUCCGUCUGUCGGCACUUGAGCAUUGACCCGGCCGGCAAACGGCAGUGCGUUGCCAAGUGUCCCCCCAAUACUUUCAAGUACCAUACCCGGUGUGUAACGCGUGACGAGUGCUACGCCAUGAAGAAACCGAUCUCGCUGGACUCGAAUCCGGACCUGCCGGACCAGCCGUUUAUUCCGCACAACGGUUCCUGCCUGAUGGAGUGUCCCCUGGAUCAUGAACUGAUCACCGAACUGAACAAAACGCGCUGGUGUCGGAAGUGUUCCGGAACGUGUCCGAAGCGAUGCGAGGGAUCGAAUAUCGAUAAUAUCCAGAGUGCGCAGCUGCUGAAGGGAUGCGAGAUUAUCGACGGGUCGCUGGAGAUUCAGCUGCGUAGUCGGGGUGGAGAAAACAUCGUCAAAGAGCUGGAGAACUUCCUCAGCAGCAUCACGGAGAUCAAGGGCUACCUGAAGGUCGUUCGUUCGUACCCUCUGCUGUCGCUGGGUUUCCUCAAGAAGCUGAAAAUCAUCCACGGCAAGGGCAACAAAGUCUCGAAUUCCAGCCUGUACGUAGUAGAGAACCAGAAUCUGCAAGAGCUGUUCGACCACAAUGUCACGAUCGGCGAAGGCAAGCUGUUCUUCUUCAACAACCCGAUGCUGUGCACGGAUCGGAUCAAGGCGGUCAAGAAGUACAACCCUGGCAUCGAGAUCGAAAACGAGAGCCAGCUGGAGUCGAACAACGGAGAUCGGGCGGCGUGCUCGAUCACCGAGCUGGAAACCAGUCUCAAGUCGAUCGGAUCGGAAACGGCCAUCAUCCAGUGGGCACCGUUCACCGAGCUGUCGGACGCCCGAAUGCUUCUCGGUUACGUGAUCUACUACAUCGAGGCGCCCUACGCCAACGUGACGUUCUUCGAUGGACGAGACGCUUGCAACACCGAGGGCUGGCGACUGGACGAUAUCAGCGACUUCAACAUGGACAAGGAAACGACCAAGAUCUUGACGCAGCUGAAGCCGUACACGCAGUACGCGUACUACGUCAAAACGUACACGCUCGGCUCGGAGGGCCUCGGCGGGCAGAGUAAGAUCAAGUACUUCACGACCGCUCCGGGAACGCCUUCCGUCGUUCGGGACGUGGAAGUCAGCGUCAACAAGAACAUGCUGACCGUCAAAUGGUUACCGCCACUGAAGAUGAACGGCCGUCUGAAGGAGUACGAGGUGUUCAUUGAGUUGAACGCCGACGACAACGAACAGCUGAUGCUGCGGGACUAUUGCGAAGACGAUAAACUGCGGGACAUCGUGCCGGAAACGCCCACCAGUGCGCCGCCACCGAAGACAUCGAUCUGUACCGCGGAUCAGUGCCGCAAUUACUGCAAGGCCCCGACCAGUGGAGGCAGCACCGGUACCAUCGACGUCACCGACAAGGAGAACCAGAUCACAUUCGAGGAUCAACUGCACAACUAUGUGUACAUCAAAAACCCGCUCCUGCGAGAUAAGACCACCCGGCGUAAGCGCAGCACCAACCUCCUCUUCCCGAACAACACCGAGAACAAGAAGAACGACACCACCGACCGGCGCACGGAGAAAGUGAAAGACGAGCCGUACUACCAGUAUAUCUUCAACGCCACCAACGAAACGAGCAUCACGUUCCCGCUGAGCUACUUCAACCACUAUUCGCUGUAUGUGUUCAAGAUCCGUGCCUGUCGGCAUCCGGGGGAUCCUCCCGCGCCCAGCGUCCGCCUGGUGGACGUUGAGCUGGCGUGCGGCAACGAGGUAUUCGAGAACUUCCGCACACCGAAGAAGGAAGGUGCCGACGACAUUCCGCCGGAGUCGAUUCUGAUCGAGGAGCAGUCGAAUAACACCCAGCGCCAGAUACGGGUCCAGUGGAAGGAACCGAGCAAACCGAACGGACCUAUUGUCAAGUUUGUGGUCAAGUACCAGCGGGUCGAUUUGGAGUCCGUGUCGUCAACGGAUAUCUGCAUACGGUAUUCGUCUUUCAAUCAAACCAGAGGGGCGCUGCUAACAAAGUUGGAACCAGGCAAUUAUAGCAUCCGGGUGAUGGCCACUACUAUCGCAGGGGAUGGGGCUCCAUCGGCUGCGAGAUAUGUUCUGAUCGCUAAGGACGAUUCCAUGGGCACGACCUUGAUAUGGCUAGGAACAUUGAUCGUCAUAUUUUUGUGCAGCGUUGGUUUCGUCGCGUUCUACUGGUACAAGUAUCGUUACAUGUCGAAGCAGAUACGAAUGUAUCCGGAGGUGAAUCCAGACUAUGCCGGGGUCCAAUAUAAGGUGGACGACUGGGAAGUGGAACGGAAUCACAUUAUUCAGCUGGAGGAACUCGGUCAGGGUUCGUUCGGUAUGGUUUACAAGGGUAUUUUGACUCAGCUGCGUGGCGAGAAGUGCAAUCAGCCAUGUGCUAUAAAGACGGUCAACGAAAGCGCCACCGCCAGGGAGAAGGAUAGCUUCCUGCUGGAAGCCUCGGUUAUGAAACAGUUCAACACACAUCACGUCGUUCGGUUGCUGGGCGUUGUGUCGCAGGGCGAUCCAACGUUGGUCAUCAUGGAACUGAUGGCAAACGGCGAUCUCAAGAGUUACCUGCGACGACACCGGCCGGACUAUGAAAAUGGCGAAGAUCCAUCGCCGCAGCCCCCGACGCUGCGGCAGAUCAUCCAGAUGGCCAUCGAGAUCGCCGACGGAAUGGCGUACCUUUCGGCGAAGAAGUUUGUCCAUCGAGAUUUGGCCGCCCGCAACUGCAUGGUUGCGGAUGACAUGACGGUCAAGAUCGGCGACUUUGGCAUGACCCGGGACAUCUACGAGACGGACUACUACCGGAAGGGAACCAAGGGAUUCCUCCCGGUACGAUGGAUGGCACCGGAAAGCUUGAAGGAUGGCAUCUUCAGCAGCAGUAGUGACGUGUUCAGCUACGGUGUAGUCCUGUGGGAAAUGGCCACCCUUGCCUCGCAGCCAUACCAGGGUCUCACCAACGACCAGGUGCUCCGGUACGUCAUCGACGGUGGCGUAAUGGAACGACCGGAGAACUGCCCGGACAAUCUGUACAAUCUGAUGCGCCGGUGUUGGCAGCAUCGACCUACGGCGCGGCCAACCUUCAUGGAGAUCAUCAGCGAAUUACUGCCGGACGCGAGCCCACACUUCCAAGAUGUGGCCUUCUACAACUCGCAGGAUGCGCUGGACAUGCUCCGGGGUCAACACCAAACUGUAAUCAUAGACGAAGCUACCACGCCGCUUCGCCCGGGCGAUGACCACGACGAGGAGCCCGGGGAAGACGACGACCUCGUUGGUCAUGGCGAGGGCCACAUCGGUGACGUUGGUACGGACGACGAGUUCUCGAUGGAGAUGACCAACAGUCACCUGGUGCGGAACAAUGGCCCGAUGGCCACGAUCCGUUCGCCACACUCGCCACUAAGUGACCAACUUGGUAACCGAUUGAUCUGUGAUUCAUUAGCCAUAUCAUAUCAUAGUAGAGAUAUUGAUGAUACCAUAGCCGAAGAAGAGGAACCCCUGGAGGACGAAGACGAGGAUGUUGAUCGCGACGACGAGGACGGGAAUGAUGACGAGGACGACAAGGUGGAAUUCUUGCCCACCGACGACGGAAGUGCAGUAACAGCAAGAUCUACGUUAUGGGAAAUAGCAGGAGGAGCAGGAGGAGUGGGAGGAAGCUUGGAAGCUCGCGAUAGUCGCAGUGCCAGCCGGAUUCGGGAGAUGGAUUCACGGGGCAAAUCGCGUAGCGUCAGUCCCCGCAUCCACGGCAGCAACAGUAGGAGGCACGACUACGUGAACAGUGUUGCCGGCGGUGGAUCUGCGCUGGUAAUUCCACCUCCACCGAAGCAGCAGAACAGAAAGCAACAGUCCUUCAACAAACAGCAACCGCUGAUCCAUUUCGACUCGGAUCCCUACGGAAAGGAGUUCGAUGCGAUCAGUACCGAUAGAAGCAGAAUUUCGGCCACAGGCAGUAGAACCAACGGGCGCGUCGAUCCCUCCAAGUGGCAACAGCAAAGGCCAACUGGCGUUACGAAACAGUCUGUUCUUCCGGCGCGGCCAAGGAACGGACUUGUCACUAGCGGCGGUGGUGCCACUGCUUGAUCCCCCUCAAUGGGACCUCCGGGUGAUGUUUAGGAGGGUUACAGGACGCCGUCCGCCAAGAAUCCCAAAACCAGAUAGAUUGUAGCUAACACGUACGUAAAUCACACAGAAACAUAAGUUCCGAAUGCUUGCCGGAAGAUGGCGCCCUCGCUUGGCGCCAGGCAAGCGAAAAGUUCCAAAACAGAGCUUCGACCUCGAUGCUCUCAAGCUGAAAUGAUACAGGCUAGCCUUAGGUACACUCGCAUCGAUGCGCCAUAGAAGACAGAGACAGCAGUAGAGGAAAUGUGAACAAGAGUAUUCAAAAUGGGAAUGAAAAUCCGUUUUUAACCAGUUUAAAAGUUUUAGAAAGCAUCGAACAUGUACUAACAUAAGCACACAUAUAGAGAGAGAAGAAAUCACGUCUUGGACAGCAAAACAGCACACACCAACACAAACACACACACAUACACAUUUGUAGGUUAGGAAACCGGAAAGCCUCCGUUGGUCGUCAUUUCAUUCAAUUUGUUUUAAGAUUGGUUCGUAAUUACCACACCACCGCGCAAUAUCAAGCACACACACAUACACACACACGUACAUUCAACCAAAAGAGGCUAAAAGAAACCAUGAAAACAUUAAUCAAAAAACCCUUUAAGAGCUUACCAAUUCUCGCUGCUUUAAGGCCCCCCCUCCCCUAACAUUCUGUCCCUUUCACACCUCUUUUUAGCGAUAAGCAAACGAGAAUCCCACGGUAACCGUGGCAACGGCAGAACACUUCUUCCGACAUUCAACAGAUUUCCUUUCCCUCGCGCUUAAAAUCUAAUCUAGUGCUCCUUGUAUUUAUUCGAGUAUAGGAAAACCCGCGUAAAGACUCCUACUCCUAUCGCGUUCGCAUUGCGUUAGUAAACCUUACAACAGUCCGCAACAACAAACACACUUUAAUCGAUAUCCAUGUUUUAUAGUUAAAAUAGAAGAAAACAAGCCCACACAGACUGACAGACAGCUAAAGCAAUAUAUUAUGUAUCGUAUACAUUUGUUUAAUUUCCUAUUUGUUACUAUUAACUAUAAUUUCCAUCCCACCACGCAACUGCGCAACCAGAGGAAUCGCAAAACAAAGCCCGAGAAAUUUACGCUAUAGGAGAAAGACACAUACACACGGAAACAAUUUUUUUUUUUGAUAGGUAACAGGAAACAGACGGAAUCGAAAACGAAACUAUAUAUAAUGUUGUUUUUUACUUAGGUUAGGUUCGAGUGCAAAGUGUGAGCGAGCAGGAAAACAAGUGCGAUGAUGAGUGUGAUGUUUCUGUAGAGUAUAGGUUUAAAAGUGAAGGCAAGGAAAGUUGUAGCUAGCGAAAAUGUGUAAAUAUACCUACUACCUAAUGUGUAACUACUAACCCAAACUGCAAAACAUGCUUACUAGAACGGGAAGAAACCGAGAGAGAAAG